AAUUCCUAAUUUCUAGAGAAAGAAAAAAACAAAAGUAAGGCAUAGUGAAGCUCUUCUCUUCUCUUCAUGUAUGUGGCGCCAAAUGGCCCAGCCUCCAGUAAACGAUAACGUUAACAGCAAGCAUAUAUAUAUAUGUAUGUAUGUAUACACACACACACACACACACACACACAUAUAUAACGAUUGAUGGAUAGGAUAAUGAAUAAUCCAAUUUUACACAAUCAAAUGGCUCUCUUUUUCUUCUGCAACUCCCCUUCGAUUUUCAAAUCCCCAAAUCUCACCGGAUGCUCUUCCCUUUUCCCCAAGAAAUCCUCUUCCAAUUCUUCUUGCUUCUUUGUUCGUUCUAUCUCGAGUUCUAACGAAAAUGGCGACGCGAAAGAAUCCAACAGACGAGAGAAGAAGACGCUCUCGGACCAGUCGUCUUGGGAGGCCAAGGACUCCGAGGGGAAUGACUAUCUGUAUAGGCUGGGCAAAGAGGCCGAUAACAUGAACAUUGCCGUCGGUGCUAGGGCCGGCGUCAUUGAUGACCUCUUCGCCGGCAACUUCCUCGGAAGGGACUCGGAUAUUGUGUUCGAUUACCGUCAGAAGGUGACCAGGUCGUUUGAGUACCUUCAAGGCGAUUAUUACAUUGCUCCUGCUUUCAUGGACAAAGUUGUUUGCCACAUUGUGAAGAACUACAUUGCACAUCUUCUCAAUACCAAAGUUCCUUUAAUUCUAGGUAUUUGGGGAGGAAAAGGACAAGGGAAAUCCUUUCAGACUGAACUUAUUUUCCGGGCCAUGGGAAUUGAACCAGUUAUAAUGUCUGCUGGGGAAUUGGAAUCAGAAAGAGCUGGAGAACCAGGAAAAUUGAUACGUGAGCGGUACAGAACUGCUUCGGAAGUGGUUCAGAACCAAGGGAAAAUGAGCUGUUUGAUGAUCAAUGAUAUUGAUGCUGGCCUUGGUAGAUUUGGAAAUACUCAAAUGACAGUCAACAAUCAAAUUGUUGUUGGCACUUUGAUGAAUUUGUCUGAUAACCCUACAAGAGUUAGUAUUGGUCAAGACUGGAGGGAAUCAGAUGUUACAAACAGAAUUCCUGUAAUUUUUACUGGGAAUGAUUUUUCUACACUCUAUGCUCCCCUAAUUCGUGAUGGAAGGAUGGAGAAGUUUUACUGGAUGUAUGAGAAAGAUGGCAUAUCAAGGAAUGAGGUCGAAAGCAUAGUGAACACAUUUCCUAACCAAGCCCUGGAUUUUUAUGGAGCUCUUAGGUCCCGUACAUAUGACAGGUCAAUCUCAAAGUGGAUUGAUGAUAUUGGAGGAGUGGAAAAUCUUGGAAAUACACUUCUCAAGCGAAGAAAGGAUGAAAAUGUUCCUGAGUUUGUUCCCCCAAAGCAAACGGUGGAAGCUUUACUUGAAUCAGGGAAUUCUCUAAUCAGAGAACAAAAGCUGAUAAUGGAGACUAAACUUUCAAAGGAAUACAUGAAAAACAUUGAUGACUAGCAAGUACCUUUGACAACAGUGUCGUCAGAAUUGGUAUGUUACCCGAGUUUAGGUUUUGGUGUGUAUUAUACUUCCCCAGUGGUAACCAAUAAUACCGCAUGAAAAUUAAUGUUAGCGCUCUAAAUUCAUGAAAUGUCUGAGCCAGUUCACAAGCAUUUACUUAUUUUUGCUGGCAAGUAUCAAACAAGAUUAAAUUAUUGUUAAAUGCCAUACAAACAGUCCAAAUUUCCCCUUUGAUCAGGAGUAUCUGUAUAUGC